CACCAACGCAGCGCAUCAGUCCCUGAUAUUCCACCAAUUUCGGUACCCACCGCUUGACACCUAGCUGCGAGCAUGCAAUAGCUCCAUCAAAUACCUGGUGCCCUGGAGUACCUACUUGACAACUUUUAAGCGUGUGGUACAAAAGCGAUCAUCAUUGCAUACAGUGUAUCAACAACUACUUGAGAGCUUCACCUCCCCUCGGCUGUGGCGGGCCCGAGCUUCGGUGCUUACAAUACACGAAUGAGCAGCCUCCGAGCUCCAUCUCUCCGACGGCCUUCUUCGCAAGCUUAAGCCUGAGCAUCAAUUUGAGCACACAAGCCAAGAAUAGCCCAGUCUUGUUACCUCCUUUUGAACAUAUCCUUGCAGCCUUGCGUGACGUUCAUCUCACCUUGUCGUUAGUGCGUUUGAAAUCGGCACCCAAGUCUCACAGUCACGAUCCUGGAACUUUCCACUACAACUCGCCAUCUGUUACCAUGGCUGCACACGUUGAGGUCGUUUCGACCGAUCUCAGGCGGGUGAAGGUCAAGGUCACGCCGGGGACAUACCUCGUCGACGUCCUUGGCGAGGCUUGUAGGAAGCUGAACUUGGCGAGCGACAAGUACGAGCUCAAGCAUAAGCAAAAGCUCGUCGACCUGUCUGGCCCAUUCCGAACAUCGGGCCUGGGACCCGGAGCCAAGCUUGAGCUAGUGCAGAGAUCAAAGAGCGCAUCGGUGGUCUCUAUUGCCCUCGAUGUAAACGGCCAGCGAUAUACCAAGAAGCUUCCCAGCGAUAUGUCAUUAUGGAAGGUGAUGCGGCAGUUUGAGAGCACAGAGCAGGGCCUCAACAUCACGGGCAGGGGCGUGCCGGUAGGCACCAACAGCGGCCAGCUGUACCACGAAGCACCGGUUGUGAACAUCAUGGGCAGGGAGUAUUCGGCUAUAGCGGACCUGCAAAAGACGCUGUCACAGUGCGGCAUCAGUUCUGGCAGCAUCGUUCUCAGAGUAACGUUCAAACUUAGCGAGAGAACGCUCUAUGACGCCAUGCAAGAGAUUUCGCGAUAUUUCAACGACAUCGAACCGGAGCAGUCGAAGGGAGAGGAGAAAGAAGAGCCAACGACGGCUCCGGUCGCCGAGGAGCCCAAGGCAGAAGAUGCGCCUCCCAUGGAGAAACCAUCGGGGACUGGAGUCGCCGCCUCUGAGACCUCCAAGGAAGCAGCACCAAGUGGCCCAGCAGAAUCCAACACAGCAGGCCAGUCCAUGGAAGUCGAUGGGCCGUCAGCAGAGAACCAUACCCCGGUCGACCCCCUCCAACCAACCGGCGUCUUCUCCGCGCCCUCAUCCUCCACCCCGGCUGCCGCCCACAUCCACGAAGACGACUCCGUCUACGAACCCACCAUCGCCCACGCCCAGCUCCGCCAACUGCAGCUGCAGCAGCGAUCCCAAAAUACGCGUCUCAAAUCCGACGCCGAGCUCGCAGCCGAAGCGGUCGAGGAAGCCGCCAGGCUAGCGAAGAUCACCAGAGUUGAAGUCAAAGUCCGCUUCCCGGACCAGACCUCGGCCCUCUGGACCAUCGCGCCCGACUCGUCAGCCGCCUUCCUGUACCAAGCCAUCCGCAGCGUCAUGGCGCAUCCGACCCAGCCCUUCAAGCUCAUCCUCCCAGGAAACCCGAAAACGGUCAUACUCGAAGACGAGACGAAGAAGCUCAUCGCCGGGUAUCGGCUCAAGGGCCGCGAGUUGGUGAAUCUGUUGUGGGACGAUGGGGUGCCGGCCGCGGCGAGGAGAGAGCCGUUCCUGAAGGGCAGUGUUGCGAGUAAGGCGAGGGAGGUGGUGGUUCAGGCAGUUCCGCAGGGAAGUCCGGAGGAGGACAACGAGGUGGCGAAUGGAGCUGGCCCGUCGUCGUCAAAUCAGCAGAGCAGGGAGGACCGGGGGAGGGGUGGGGGAAGCGGGAUGGACUCGGAUGCGGUGAAGAAGAAGUUGAGUAAGUUUCUGGGGCUGGGGAAGAAAUGAGCUGGGGGUUUGAGGAGAAGGGCUCUUGAUGGGAAGUGAUGAAGUGGUGGUAUUUUAUGGCCUCAAUGGCGGGAAAGGGGUAUGGGAAGAUGGGUGGUGUUGAAUGUUUGCGUUGUGUGGCGCUUAGGGCGGAGUGGUGACCUCAACAGCGCCGAGUCGUUGGUAUGUAGGGAGCCAUCAAGAGAUUUUGUUUAGUGUAACAGUGUCUUCGUCGUCGUUCCACCAUAUUUGCUUUCGCUGUUAUGGGCAGCGAUGGGGACACAAUGUCCGACUGCUUAUGCUAUCACACAGAUCGAAGAGUAC